AGAUGAGUACCAGGAACAUGCGACACACAUGAUACAUCACUGUUUUGUGCUGAUUUACAUUAUUCAGCUGGUCAUAGAACAGACACCUGGCAGAUGAUAGAUGCCCUGUCACCUGACAUGUCCCUGUCAACAGACACCUGUGCAUGCAAGCGACUUGAGAAAAGGGCCUACAACCAGCUCAAAUGACCUCACCAAGCUUGCCAGGAAUUUACAAGGCAAAAGCGGGUUCCAUUCCAUGCCAUCUUGUGCUCUACUUGUCCGGUCACCAGCCGGCUUAUCUACUUCGAUCCAACCCAGAGCCGAGACAUGGAAAGCGCUCCCCGUCGCCGUUGCAACCAUGGCGGCUCAGUGCUCACGCUUCAUGCCCCGCCCCUGUUCGUCGCCACGCAUUCGACGUUCGCUGCAGUUAGCGUCACGGUCAGGGCGACCGACGGCAGCAAGCCAUGAAGAGCUCCGGCGUCGUGCUGGUGCUCCUGCUGGCCAUCGCCACGGCGAGCUGCAGGCACUCGCUCGCCGCCGCGGACGCUCACAAGAGCAGCGCCAGCAUCCCCGCGAUCCUGGGCCGCGAGCUGCGGGGGUUCAUCGCCAGGGCCGGCAACAUCUUCCGGUCGGCGGAGGCCGGCGGCUGGCGCGCCGCGAACUCCACCGCGUCGCCCGCCGCCGAGGCGAAGAACCUGCGCGCCGUGGCGGCCCGGCGGAGGCGCCCCGCCGCCAGGAAGUCCGCGGCCGGCUGCGUCAGCGCCGCGGCGUGCCGGAAGAGGCGCGUGAUCUGCGCCAAGCGGUGCUACCGCGCCUCGCGCGCCGCCGGCCUCACGCACGUCCCCUCCCGGUGCGUCGUCAAGUGCAGGAAGUGCGUGCCCACCUGCUAGCUAGCUAGGUCGCCGGCGGCCGCCGAUCCGAUCCGCAAAAACCUGUUCUUUUGUCUGCUAUUCCCCGUCGUACGGCGUGGAUUAGCUAUAGCUAAAGCUUCUUGCUGCUGCUUCUUGUCGAUCCUCGUAGGCUCAGAGUGGAAUAAAGGGGUGCUUAUAUGGUGAAAAA